AUGACUACUACAAAAAAUAGUUAUUUUAGAUUACCUAAUGAUGACGAAAUAGAUGAGUUUUUAGAAAGGGUAGACGAUGUAACAACUAAAGUUAGAAAUAUUUUAGAUAAUAAAAUAAGUAUAGAAGAAAUAGAAAAAGAAGAAAGAAAAUUAUUUCUUGAAAAAAGAGCAAAAGAAAUAAAAGAAGAAGAAAAAAAGGAAAAGGAAAAAAGAGAUUUUUUAUUGGGUAAAGAAGGAAAAGGAAAUGAAAAUAAUUAUUUAUAUUUUUGUCGUUUUUGUUUUGUUGAAUAUAGUUAUGAUUUAAAAAAUUGCAAAAGAUGCAAUGAAUUAGUAAUAACUAGAGAACAAAGAAAAAAGGAAUUAGAAGAAAAAGUAAAAAUUUAUAAAAUUGAAAAAGAUAAAAGAAAUGCACGAAGAAAUAAUUGGAAGCAAUUUUUAAAAUCAAGAAAAAAUGAAGAGAAAAAAAAAAUAACAAGUUAUGAGAAAUGGAAUUACUAUGAGCCAAGCAGUGAUACUUUUGAUGAGGAUGAAAAAACAUUAUAUGUUCCUAAGCAUAAUAAAAAUUUUCAAAUAUUAGAAAAAAAAAUGAAUGAAGAUAUAAAAAAAAGAAAUGAAAAUAGAAAAGUUGCUUAUAGUAUGAAGCAAAAAGGAAAUAAUUUUUUCAAGCAAAAAAAUUAUUUAUAUGCCAUAGAUUGUUAUAAAAAUGCGUUAGAUAUUUGCAAAGAUUAUUUGGAAAUAUAUAAUAAUCUAGCUUUAUGUCAAAUUAAAAUAUAUCAAUAUGAAAAUGCUAUUGAAAACUGUAAUAAGGUUAUUGAAUAUUAUAAUAUAUUUCAAAAAGAUCUCAAAGUUAAAAAUUCGGUUAUUUUUAAAAGUUAUGCAAGAAAAGGAUUAGCACUUUUUAAAUUACAUAAAUUUAAUGAAUCAAUGGAAAACUUUAAGUUGGCUUUAUCACUUUAUCCUAAUGAUAAGGAAACAAUUGAAUAUAUUGAAAAAUGUGAAAAAAUAUUAGAUGAUUAUAGAAAAGCACAAAGUGAUAAAUUACUUUCAAAUAAAAAUCAAGAAAAAGAGAAUAAAAAAGUAGAAAAAAAAGAACAUAUAGAAGAGGAUCAUAAAAAUAAUGAUCAAUUUAAUAUGAGCAACAGUGACUUAGAUAUAGGAAAUUACGAAGAUUUAAUAAUGGAGUUAUCAAAAAUGGAUAUAAAAAAAAAAUCAAAACUUUUUUCAGAGUAUCUUAGAAAAAUGAAGAAGCUUCUAAAGAAAAACAAAAGAGCAAAACUAAGUUUUUGCUCAUAUGCAUACGAAAUAAAAGAUAAUAAAAAUGAAAAAAUAAAGAAAGUAACCUUUUUAUCAUAUGUUGUUGAGCAACUUAAUGAAAUAUUGUUUUAUGUUAAAAAAGAAAUUGAUGGUGAUAUAUUAACAAGUGAAAAUACAAAAUAUAAAAAAUUUCAUAUGCCUAAAUAUUUAAAAAAAAGUGGUAAUACAAUUAUUGAUAUCCUAAUAUUGAUACUUGAAGAUAAUUAUCAUUAUUCCGAUUUUUGCAUACACGCAUUAAAUCCAAUUUUAACUUUUUAUUUUUUAGGAAUUUUAAAAAUUUCAAAAUGCAUAAAUUUUUUACUUUCUAUUAGUGAAAAUUAUGAGGCAAGAAAGGUAUUUUGUACUAUUGUUGAAAAUAAUAAUUAUAUUUUAAAAAAUAUAUUAAAAACCAUAAAUGAUUAUAUAACAGAACAAAGAAGUGUUUACACAAAAGAAAAGUUAUCACGUUUUGAAUUUUUAAGAAACUCCAUAUUGGAUAGUGUGCACGAAGAUAUAAAUGAUAUUAAAAAAGAAGACAGUAAUAAGAACUUCAUAAUUAAAAAAGAAGAUGGUGAUGAAAAUAAAAAUAUUAUAAAAAAUGAUAAUAGAUACAAUAAUACAAUAAAUUAUAAUGAAGAAAAUAUAAUUUUAAAGAACAAUUCUUCCACAAAUUUAUUGGAUAAUAGUAAUGAAAAAAAAUUAGAAGAAAAAAAAAAAAGUGAAAAUUUACUUGAAAAGAAGUAUGAAUUUAUUAAUUUAUUUGGUGUUUUAUCUCACUUCAUUGUACAAACCAAUGUAUUGAAUUUGCUAGAAAAAAAAUUUAUGAAAGAUAUACUUAAUAUUAUUAUUUUUAUUAAUGAAAAAUUUUAUGAUUACAAUGAAAUGCAUUGUAAUUAUUUGUCUUUUUUAGUAAAUUUAGUUGGAAACAUCAACAUAAGAUUAAUUGUAUUGAAUAAAUGUUGGUUUAAUAUUUUUUAUUUUGUAGAAAAAAUUGAAAAUGAAAGUUUAAUGAAAAAUAUUUUAUCAGUAAUUUUUAAUUUAACUAUUACAUGGACAAAUGAUAUAGAAAAAAAAAAACUUUCAUCUUUUGAUAAGGAAAUAAAGAUAAGUAGUUUUCAUAAAAUUAUUAAAUGUACUCAAUCGGCAGAUAAACGAGUAAGUGAGUUGUGCUUUUUACUUUUAAGUAGAUUUUAUUUAUAUAUUUAUUAUUUAUCUCUUAAUAUUCAACAACAUAAAAAUGAUACCUGUAAUAAUAAUAGUAAUAACAAUAGGAACAAUUAUAAUAAUAUUAAUAAUGAUGAUAAUGUGAAUAAUGAUAAUAAUAGAAAAUUAAUAAAUUCUUUAAAAGAAAGCAUAUAUAAAGAAAAUGAAAAAUUAAUUGAGCUAGAUGAAUUUUCUUCUUUAUCUUUAAAAAAAUCCAUUUUAUCUAUUUUAUCAAGAAAAAAUGAAUUUUCUUUAAUAAAUUCAUGUAUAAAUCUUGUUUUCUGCUUAUCAAGAUAUACUAAUUUUCUAAACAAUUUAAUUGAAAAAGAUGCUGAUAAUGCUUUUAAAGAAUUAACAAAUGAAGUAUGUUCAAUUUUCUUAGAUAUUCAAAAUAAUACUACUAAAGACAAAACAUUUUAUGUUUUGAUAAAUAAUAUUAUUAUGUUUAUUACUCAAAUCUUAAAAAAUUUAUCAAUAAGAAAUGAUUAUAAUAAUACAGAAAUAAUAUAUAGAGAGAUAAGAAAAUUAAUACCAUAUGCAAUUCAAAUAAGUAGUGUAGAAAAAACCUUAAAAAAAAAUAUUAGCAUUUUUUUAUCAUAUUGCUUUUUAAAUGAUCAUUUAAAACAAACAAUAUUAUCAUUAUAUAAUAAUGACAUUAAUAGAAUUCAUUAUUUACUUAAAGUUUCAUAG